AUGGGGACCCUGCGAGACCUGCAGUAUGCCCUGCAGGAGAAGAUCGAGGAGCUGCGGCAGCGUGACGCUCUGAUCGACGAGCUGGAGCUGGAGCUGGAUCAGAAGGACGAGCUGAUCCAGCGGCUGCAGAACGAGCUGGACAAGUACCGGUCCGUGCUCCGACCCGCCACCGCCCAGCAGGUCCAGGCCCAGCAGCAGAGCCUGGUCCUGCAGCCGGACCAGCACCGCAGCAAGAGGCAGGCCAUCUCCGCCGAGCCCACCGCCUGUGACAUCAGCGAGCUCAGCCACGUCACCCUGCCCUUCUACCCCAAGAGUCCUGAGUCCAAGGACUUGAUCAAAGACGCGAUCCUGGACAACGACUUCAUGAGGAACCUGGAGCUGUCCCAGAUCCAGGAGAUCGUGGACUGCAUGUACCCGGUGGACUACGGCAAGGACGCCUGCAUCAUCAAGGAGGGCGACGUGGGCUCGCUGGUCUACGUCAUGGAAGAGGGGAAGGUGGAGGUGACGAAGGAGGGGAUGAAGCUGUGCACGAUGGGACCGGGGAAAGUGUUCGGAGAGCUUGCCAUCCUCUACAACUGCACCAGGACAGCCACCGUCAGGACUCUGGUCCAUGUGAAGCUGUGGGCGAUCGACCGGCAGUGUUUCCAGACCAUCAUGAUGAGAACCGGACUCAUCAAACAUGCCGAGUACAUGGACUUCCUCAAGAGCGUUCCCACCUAUCAGGGUCUCCCAGAGGAGACGCUCAGCAAGCUGGCCGACGUCAUGGAGGAGACGCAUUAUGAAGCCGGAGAGUUCAUCAUCAGGCAGGGAGCCCGAGGAGACACCUUCUUCAUCAUCAGCCAGGGCACGGUGAACGUGACCCAAGGGGAUUCAGCCAAUCAGGAGCCGGUACACCUGAGAGAGCUAACCAGAGGAGACUGGUUUGGAGAGAGAGCGCUGCAGGGUGAAGAUGUCAGAACAGCCAAUGUCAUCGCUGUCGGAGAUGUCACCUGCCUGGUCAUCGACCGAGACUCAUUCAAGCACCUGAUCGGUGGACUGGACGACGUUUCUAAUAAAGGCUACGAAGACGCCGAAGUUAAAGCAAAGUACGAGGCGGAGAACGCGUUCUUCUCCAAUCUGAGGCUGAGUGACUUCAACAUCAUCGACACGCUGGGAGUCGGCGGCUUCGGACGUGUUGAGCUGCGAGGCUUCAACGAGGUGCAGCUGAAGAGCGAGGAGGCGAAGACGUUUGCCAUGAAGAUCCUGAAGAAGCGUCACAUCGUCGACACGAGGCAACAAGAACACAUCCGCUCCGAGAAACACAUCAUGACCGAGGCGCACUCUGAUUUCGUCGUCAGGUUGUACCGGACGUUUAAAGACUGUAAAUAUCUGUACAUGCUGAUGGAGGCCUGUCUGGGAGGAGAGCUGUGGACAAUACUGAGAGACAGGGGUUCGUUUGAAGACUCGACCACGAGGUUUUACACCGGCUGCGUGGUCGAAGCCUUCGCCUACCUGCACGCCAAAGGCAUCAUCUACAGAGACCUGAAGCCUGAAAACCUCAUACUGGACAGCCGAGGAUACGCCAAACUGGUGGACUUCGGUUUCGCCAAGAAGAUCGGCCUCUGUAAGAAGACGUGGACGUUCUGCGGGACGCCGGAGUACGUCGCUCCGGAGAUCAUCCUCAACAAGGGUCACGACGUCUCAGCAGACUACUGGUCUCUGGGCAUCCUGAUGUACGAGCUGCUGACGGGCAGUCCUCCAUUCUCAGGUCCGGAUCCAAUGAAAACCUACAACAUCAUCCUGAGAGGCAUCGACAUGAUCGAGUUCCCCAAGAAGAUCACCAAGAAUGCCGCCAAUCUCAUCAAGAAGCUCUGCAGAGACAAUCCCUCAGAGAGACUUGGAAACCUGAAAAACGGCGUUAAAGACAUCCAAAAGCACAAGUGGUUUGAAGGUUUUAACUGGGAGGGUCUGAAGAAAGGAACACUGACUCCACCCAUCAUACCUGCCGUUUCCUCCCAGACUGACACCAGUAACUUCGACAAUUUCCCAGAAGACACUGAGGAACCGCCGCCAGACGACAACUCCGGUUGGGAUUACGACUUUUAAGUCCAACCCCAAUCUCUUCCACCAAAUCCCAAAGCCUGAACCCCUACAGAGGGGCAUCCAGAUCUAAGAUGAAGAGGACUCCUCAUCAGGCUUUGGUGUAUGUUUUUACCUGAAGUACCACUGCA